UCCCUUGGUGAAGGAGCAUACUUCAGGCAGAAACACACGCUGCGACUCCAGCUAUGGUAGCUGAGUUAACUUCAAAGCUCUUCAGACAUGAGAACAUCUGCCAGAAGGACCACUGAAAGGAAGAGUUCUUUCCGUGUUUUAUAGCCAUCCCUGGUUAAAUUUCUUGACCUAAGGAGAAACUGGCUGUUUCGCACACAGUGGUGCAGUGCUUUGGCUUCACCAUGCAUUACUGUCGUUCCUGCAAUGUCCGGGUGCUGGUGGCUGUUGUGUGUGGGCUGCUGACUGGCGUCGUUUUGGGACUGGGAGUCUGGAGGAUGGCCAUAAGGAUCCACAGAGGGGUAUCUACUUCUGUGUCCAGUACCCCUGUACAGUUCUGCCGGAAUGGUGGGACCUGGCAAAAUGGCAGAUGCAUUUGUACUGACGAGUGGAAAGGGCUGAGAUGUACAAUUGCUAAUUUCUGUGAAAAUAGUACCUACAUGAGCUACACCUUUGGCAGAAUCCCAGUGGGUAGAUAUGGACCUUCUUUGCAAACCUGCGGUGCGGCCACGGUAAAUGCGGGCAAUCCUAUAGCAACUCGGCUGUGCAAUGUUUCUGAGGAUGGAGAGAUGAGAUUAGAGAACGCUACGAUAGGAAGCUGCAGUGAAAAUCUGCAGACACUCGAAAAGCAGAUAAACAACAUCACAACAGAAUCUAAGAAUAUUUCUUCAGAAGCCCAGAUUUUAACAGCUGAUGCCAGUAAAUUAACUGCUGAGGACAUCACUUCUGCUACUAGAGUGAUUGGACAGAUCUUCAAUGAAACCAGGAAAGCUGAAGAUGAGGCAAAAAAAGUUGCUAUAACCACAGUGAGUCAGAUUUUGGAUGCCAGUGAAGAAGUUUUCCAAAAAGCUGCUGAGACUGACAAUGAGAGCUCCUUUUCCACGCUUAUUGAGCAAAUGGAGAACUACUCCUUAUCUCUGGAUGAUGAGACAGUGGUGCAACCCAACAUAGCAAUACAGUCAGUUACUCUAGAUGACACAGAGUCAAAUGUUCUCUUCUCUGUACAGAAAGGGUCAAGUGAUUCUUUGGUUUCUGGUGGGACAUCUGUUACUAAAAAUGCAGACAGACUCAACCCAGAUGGACAGACUGAACUCCAGAUCUUGCUCAAAACUGGGGCAAAUAAAGAUGCAUGUGGCUUUGUAGUGUAUCAAAACCACAAGCUUUUUCAAUCAAAAACUUUUACCGCUACAUCAGAUUUUAGUCAAAAAAUUAUCUCAGGAAAAAUAAAGGCAAGUGGCCAAGUCCCGGAUGUUUCUGUGCAAAUGGUAUUUAAUCCCACGUAUGAUAAAAGAGAAUUACAGCUUUACUCCUAUGCCUGUGUCUACUGGAAUUUUUUAACAAAGGACUGGGACACACAUGGCUGCCAAAAAGAUGUGAGCAUUGAAGGCUUCCUCGGUUGCCGCUGCAACCACACGACCAAUUUUGCUGUACUGAUGACUUUCAAAAAGGAUUAUCAGUAUCCCAAAUCUCUAGACGUAUUUUCCAACAUUGGCUGUGCCCUGUCCAUUGCUGGUCUGGCUCUAACAAUCAUAUUCCAGAUUGCCACAAGGAAAGUCAGAAAAACCUCCGUAACCUGGGUGUUGGUCAGUUUGUGUACAUCGAUGUUGAUUUUUAACCUCCUCUUUGUGUUUGGAAUUGAAAACUCUAAUAAAAACUUAAAGGAAAGGGAUAGUAACAUCAACAGUAACCCUGCUGAUAACAAGAUACCUGUAAGAGACACCAUUGACACCCCGAAUCCCUCAUGCACAGCCAUUGCUGCCCUACUCCACUAUUUUCUGCUGGUGACAUUCACCUGGAAUGGACUCAGUGCUACACAGCUCUACUUCCUCCUGAUUAGAACUAUGAAGCCUCUUCCUCCACAUUUCAUUGUUGUCAUUUCAUUAGUUGGAUGGGGAGUUCCAGCGAUAGUAGUGGGUGUAACAAUAGGGAUUAUUUAUGCCCAGAGUGGGAACAAGUCAUACUGGGAGUUAGACUAUCGGCAAGAGGAAAUCUGCUGGCUAGCCAUUCCAAAGAGCAGUAAUUUUAUAAAAAGUCCAUUUUUGUGGUCGUUCAUCAUCCCUGUCACCAUUAUCCUCAUCAUCAAUAUUGCUAUAUUUGUCGUAAUCACAGUCAAAGUGCUGUGGAAGAGCAACCAUAACCUGAAAAGCACAAGAAAGGUGUCAACCCUAAAGAAGAUUCUUAGCACAUUAUCUAUUGCCGUUGUUUUUGGAGUUACUUGGAUUUUAGCAUAUGCUAUGCUGAUUAAUAAUGACGACAUCAGGAUUGUUUUCAGCUACAUAUUCUGUCUUUUCAACACCACUCAGGGAUUUCAAAUAUUCAUUCUCUACACUGUUCGAACAAAAGUAUUCCAGAGUGAAGCUUCCAAAGUAUUGAAGUCACUGUCAUCAUCCUUUGACAGAGCGAAGCCCGUGCCGUCAGCAUCACUGCUGAGACUGCGUGUAAGGAUGUACAACAUGCUUAGGUCCAUCCCACCCCUACAUGAACGAUUUAGGCUACUGGAGCCAUCUGUCAUGACUGAGGAAACAUCAAUCUCUUGAAAGUGACCAAACAAUGUCAAGUGCCUAACAAGACUGUUACCUGUGAUGGUCUAUUCUA